CUAAUAAUUCUACCGUAAGUUUUGUUCCGAUUGAGAAAAAUAUCUGAUGUGUGAUGAUUAGUAACAAUAUUACUAAUGUUUAUCAGAAUGUAAAUGCAAAUACCUUAUGUUGCAGUGACGUACCUGACAUUCUAUAUGUCUAAACUAUUGUGCAAGGAUGACACAGAUAUUUGGAAGACAGUGCUGAGAUCAUUAUGUGGUGAUUCAAAAUUCAGUUCAGGAUACAGAAUAGCUAAGAGAAAGUCAGUCGAAAAUGAUGAAGAACAAGUAUGUAAAGCGAUGUUACUGGACUGGAUGAAGACCCAAGCUGUGCAUGAAGACAACAUGGAACCCAUAACAACUGCCUUAACAUCUGACGGAUAUAAAGACAUAGCAGAGUCAUGUAUGAGCUUUGUACGAUUUCAAAAAGAAAGCGUGUCGGAUGCUGUGCUAACUGGGCUAGCUCAAGGUAUAACAAAAGACAUUCAGACAUUAGGCCAAGAUCUUGGAUUAGACAGUAAACGAAUUUCGAGUUGCAUCGAACAAAAUUCGAACAACAUCAAACGUCAGUAUACAGCUGUUAUGAUGGAAUGGAGAGAGUCUGACCAAGUUAUCAAAUACGGGGACACUUCACUAGAAUAUCUAAGGAGUACAUGUAUCUAAACGAAACCGAACGUACAGAUGUAAUAUGUUGUCUACAUAGGCAUCAGCGGAGGAAUACAGUACAAUCUAUUUUCUCUUUACGUCAGAAUGACUAACAUGAGUAUGGAUGAAGAAAUUGAAGACGAACAGAUGAAAAUAGCUUAAACCAUAUUCAUGUACAUGCAGCAAAUGUCGUAUAAUAAAUAAAAUUAUCUGUAUUACUAAAAACCUUAGCAAAUAUAUCUUGUCUUUUCAAUAGAAAUUACGUAACUGAAAAUCCAGAUACUACAAUGCUCAUUGUGUACUUGUUGCGAAACCUGUUAAUGCAUCUGUAAAUAGAUACAGGAUUUAUACUUUACUGGUUGCUGUUGAUAGUUCUUUUUCAUUCUGUUGCAAGUCCUUUUAUGGUGGUAAGGCUAGCACUCACCAGUAUACCUUGCCUAAAUCUAUUAAGAAAUUGUUCAUUUCCAUCUGCGAAUGCAGGUGAUAGACGAUUAUUAAAAUUAAGCCCUGGCCAAUUAGCUAGAAGAUGUGUUUACAUUACUACAUUACCUGACAUAGUUUAGUUCAGAAUUCAACAUUAAAUUGCCACAUAUUUUUCAUAACCUAACCAUACUUAUAUCAAAUGUCUAUAGUCUGACCUUUUUAAGCGUUAACACUUUUCUUGUAAAAUGUUUUCCAGAUAGCGCUGACUUUGUUUUAAGAGAAUAAAAAGUUGUGUUUCAGUUCUAUAGACUUUAAAUCUGGUACUGAAAUUUGGAUAG